CUUGUUUCGGCGGUUAUUUAGCGAUACAGAUCUCCAGUGCAUCCAUCUCCAUAGUCUAAUACACCACUCCUGUGCAUAAUGAAUAUCCCUCCAUCAUGGGAGCAAACUGCUUUCCGAAAAAAAUCCAUGCGGAACGAAACCCUAAAACCAUAUAUGGUCUCUGAUGUGGAUCAGCGGCUUCCAGGAAUGUUCGCGUAUCCAUAGCAACCCGGAAGCCCAAGAAAUCGCGGAUAUCAACAAUGUUUCUACUUUAGUCGAACAGUUGAGGAAAGGGAGAUUCACUGCCGAAAAUGUGGUUCUCGCUUAUAUCGGAAGGGCCGUAAUAGCACACCAACUAGUGGGGUACACCUAUCAAAACAUAAGAUGUUAUGUGCAUCUGCUAACAGUGGUCGGGGCUGCUAGACAAAUUGCAUUACAGAAGUGGUUUUUGAAGAUGCUUUGGCCCAGGCUCGAGCACUGGAUAAUAUAUUCCAAGAAACUGGUCAUCUCAAAGGUCCACUUCACGGUGUUCCAGUCACGUUGAAAGAUCAAUUCAACAUUAGAGGUGUAGAUACCACCUUGGGAUAUGUAGGGCGUUCGUCUGCUCCCGCUACAGAGGAUGCAGUUCUAGUACAGAUGCUGAGGGAUAUGGGAGCUAUCAUAUUGGCAAAGACGAACUUGCCCCAGAGUAUCAUGGUCUGUCUAUUCAAAUGAAUUUGGCUGGAGCUUUCCAUGAGCUGACCUUGGUGAAAGUGGGCUGAAACCGAAAAUCCUCUCUGGGGCCUGACGGUUAACCCGCGUAACCUCAAUUGACGCCGGGAGGCUCUACCGGGGGUGAAGCGGCCUUGUUAGCAUUGCAUGGCUCCCUCCUGGGAUUUGGGACAGAUAUCGGCGGAAGUACCCGAAUCCCACAAAGCAUCAUGGGUUUAUACGGGUUUAAACCCACC